ACAUUCAUACUGAAAGUGAAAGCAUGCAAGAGCUCCAUUACAAAGACAGUCCUGCAGUCGUGCGGUUGUAUUCUCGUUUCCUUGUCCAUUUGAAGAGCGUUUACACUAGUAAACAUGUCUUCGUUGAUGGUUAUGGUACUUGUAAUGAUUUCUCUCUUCAUCCCUGCUGUGAGGCCCAGUCAAGAUUUGUGGACAUUGGAAUGCCUACCUACAGUUGGAAUUGUUUAUCAGAAAACAGUUAUCAACUGCAAUUUCAAAGACAUCCAAGACAUUAAAAUACAAGCAGUUUCUUUAACAAGAACCACAGAGAAGGAGCCAUUUUUCAAAUAUCGUUUUUACAAAUUAGGAGAUCCACGCUUUAGUCUUAAAAACCCAGCAUUGGGUCCAUCGCUGCAAAUCUCUGACACUAAGUUUUCUGAUGAGGGUGAAUAUCUUUACAGUGUUGUAACAAACAGAGGUAAAAAAACGGUGCAACUUAGAAUCACUAUUACAGCCAAUUACAAAAAUCUAACCUCAAGCACAUGGCCUAAAGAUGUAACAGACGGAGGGCCCGUCGACCUUUACUGCAAUGCUACUGAUGGCUACCCAGCAGGCUUCAUCCAUUGGUUUGACCGUGCUGGAACGAAUUGGACCAUCAAUUCAGAACUGACAAAAGCCACCAAGGACACCAACGGUUUAAAAUCUGUGGCCUUAUCUAGCAAACUGCCUUUCAAGUCGAUUAACUUGGAACUGGGGCCAUUUAGAUGCAUUGUCUUGAACAGCAAAUAUGUGCAAGAUGGAGAAAGCACAUUACCCCUCCCAUCUGCUACAUCUGCUAUAAAUGGUAACAAGGAAUCUUCUAUAACAUCUAAUACAACACACAUUGUCGCUGGUGUGAUGGUCAUCGGAUCACUCAUUGUUGGUCUUCUGUGUGCUCUGUUGAUAUUCCGAAAAAAAAACGUUCCACAUGGUAGACGACCUUCUGGCCAACCUAUUCUAAAUUAUGACUCAGGAAAUACUGCUGAAGAUGAUCCGGAAUCAGGCUACACGGUAGGCCCACAGUUCAUUUAGGCUUUUAGGCACAGA